GGUGACACAGUCAUGAUGGCCGCCGUGCGUCGGUUUCUGGCUCUUCGAAACAAGUUCACCAGCUCUACGAACGUUUUAAGCCUUUACUUUAACAGCAGACAGUCAUCGAGGGAAAGAGCGGUUCUGAGGCGUGUAGGGACAGGACUGUGCAUCACAGUCGGCGGAUUUGCUGUUGUUUACUACUACCAGCGCGAUUCGAGUCCGGAUCGGGGACGCUUAGCUAGUCUUCGUGCAUUGAUUUCUCCACUCCCAGCAGUGGCGGCAAAAGAGAAGGCCAGUGCAUCUGCUGAGGAUGAAGAGGUUUCGAUGUCAGCCCAUGAGCACAGGUUCAGGCUCUUCAGUUCACUGGAGUAUGAUGGACAGCUUUACAUGACUCCCCUCGACUUUAUUGAGUCUGUCACCAUGAGCGAACCAAAGAAAAAGAGGUUUUGGAGAUCCCUCACAAAACAGGAUCUAGACAAGAUUCUGUCAGAUACACCACCUGUUUGGAAAGGAUCGUCCUGUUUGUUCCGAAACCUGAGGGAAAGAGGUGUCAUCGCCUACACAGAGUAUCUGUUUCUGCUUUGCAUUUUGACAAAGCCACAUGCAGGUUUUAAAAUAGCUUUCAACAUGUUUGAUGCAGAUGGCAAUGAAAUGGUGGAUAAGAGGGAAUUCAUGGUGCUGGAAGAGAUAUUCCGUAAGAAAAAUGAAAAGAAAAAAGAGCGGGGUGGAGAUUCUGAGGGUUCCUCUCAACUGAGCGUGGAACUGUACGGACAUCAGGCAUCUGUCAGCAGCAAUGUACUUAAAAAAGAGCAGCCUCAGUCUGAACCCAGAAGUUUCUGGGAUGUUCUAAGGCAUGGUGCGAGAAUAGUUCUCUUUUCAGAUCUAAUGGAGCACGAACCAGAAAAUGUCACCGACACCACUCUGCUGGUGCAUUUCUUUGGAAGAAAGGGCAAAAGUGAACUUAACUUUGAUGACUUUUACAGAUUCAUGGACAACCUGCAGACAGAAGUCCUUGAGAUUGAGUUCCUCAGCUAUUCCAAGGGUAUGACCACCAUCAGCGAGGAAGACUUUGCUCGUAUCCUGCUGCGCUACACCACGGUGGAGAACAUCACAGGCUACCUUGAGAAUGUGCGUCAAAGCAUACCCGAUGAGAAGGGCAUCACGUUUGAAGAGUUCAGGACCUUUUUUCAGUUCCUCAACAAUUUAGAAGAUUUUGCCAUUGCCAUGCAAAUGUACAACUAUGCAAAUCGGCCAAUUGGACAAGAUGAGUUUGCACGUGCGGUCUAUGUGGCCACUGGCCUGAAGCUGACACGACACCUCGUGAACACUGUUUUCAAGAUAUUUGAUGUGGACCAUGAUGACCAGCUGAGCUACAAGGAGUUCAUCGGGAUAAUGAAGGACCGGCUGCAUCGUGGCUCCUGGGGAUAUAAAGGUGAAGAGAGGUUCACAUCCUUUAAAGCCUGCAUGAAGAAGGAACUCACUGCUAAAUAGAUAAAAGUCCCACUGAGUGUUUCUCUUCACCCUCACGUCGCAUUGAAGAAAUCUCAAGUUGGAUUAAAGUUCUCAGUGACUCAAUGCAAUUAUCUACCUGACCUGUGUCAAACUCUGUAAGAUACAAAUACUGCCAUAAUUAGAUUAACACAUGCUACCUCCUUAGACUGUAGUUACAGCUUUGUCACUUUUCUGAAUUCUUUAAAAGCCAUUAACUAAAAGGGACAACACUUUAAUGAAAUAGCCAUGAUACUUUUAUUAAUCAAAUUCUUUAUUAAAGGUCUUAUAUAAGGUCCAGUACCCACAUUUUGGGAUAAACUAUAUUGUUUAAUAAUUUACAAAGCAGUGAUGACAUGUUAGGUAAAGGGAACUAUGUUGGAAGUGGAAAUGCGAAUGUGAAAAGUGCUGAAUUCUGAUGGCGUGUACAGUUAUUUAUUCUAUUUAUUGAUAUAUUUUGUGUAAAAAAAAAAAUGUUCUUGGGUUUUAAUGCCUUAUUGGCAAUGCAUUGUUCUAUUUGCUUCUCUAGGAGUUAUAAGCCAGAUAAUCUUUCCUUACAAUGAGCACAUUGCUAACAUAUUUUCUCGGAGCUUGUCCACUGCCCACCGACCAGAUCAGCUUACACAGGGUCUGACAGUGCUGAGUGCACACAGCAAUAAUGAGUCCUCAGUAAUCUCACAAUGUGCUACACAUACUGAUCCCUCUCUCCACUUCUUUCAUGGGUUUCUUACACUGCCGCUCCUUUAAGAAACAUCUUGCGAAGCCAAAACAACACAUGAGAAGAAACCGAAUCCCACUGAACUGAGGCCUGAUUUCAUGUCUGAAUUUCAUCUCUGUGAAUGAUGUUAUAACUAACGUAUCAUCAGAAUACUGACAGUGCUUUAUAUUUUAGUUAUUUCUGACUGUUCUUUUAGGUGAUUACACUGCAAAAAUGCUGUUCUUACUUAGAUUUCCAGCCAAAAUAUCUAAAAAUUCUUAAAAUAAGGAUUUUUGAGACAAGCAAAAAUGAUUGUAUUGUUUUCAGAAAAAACAAGUCAAAAUAAAGUGUUUUUGCUUGAAACAAGCAAAAUAAUCUGCCAUUGGGGUAAGCAAAAUAAUCUUGUUUUCUGCUUGAAAUAAGAUUAUUUUGCUUACCCCAUUAGCAGAUUAUUUUGCUUGUUCUAAGCAAAAACUCACUUAAAUUUGAUGUAUUUUUUCUGAAAACAAGACAAUAAUUUUCACUUGUCUAGAAAAUCCUUCUUGAUUUAAGAAUUUUUUUCUUAAUUAUUAUAUUGCUAAAUAUUUUUAGAUAUUCUGGAAACAAGAUAAAAAGUCUAAGUGAGAAAAGCAUUUUUUGCAGUCUAAGCAUGUAACAGUCUUUUUUGGAUAUUACAGUGUGUGGUUUUUAUUAUUGUCAUAUAUAGUGUUAUAUAAAGUCAUAUAUAGGGGGAGUUCAGGGCUAGUUGUCAUGCUUUACUCUAGUAAAUAUUUCUCAGGGUGUUUAUUUUUUAUAAAUCCCUAAAUAUUUUUAAAUCCUUGGCAACAAAGCUUUUUCCACUAUUAUUGUCCAGGAAAUAAAAUAUAGUUCACUGAACAACACAUUAAACUAGUAGGGUAUGUAGUCACAUAUGUGACCCUGAGCCACAAAGUCAGUCAUAAGGGUCAAUUUUUUGAAACUGAGAUCUAUGCAUCAUCUGAUGUAAAGCUGAAUAAAUAAGAUUUCCAUUGAUGUAUGGUUUGUUAGGAUAGGAUAAUAUUUGGCAGUGAUAAAAUCAUCAAAGUUGUCCAACUUAGUAAUGCAUAUUACUAAUCAAAAAUUACGGUAGGAAAUUAACAAAAUUUCUACAUGGAACAAUCUUCACUUAAUAUCCUAAUGAUUUUUGUCAUGAAAGAAAAAUUUAUAAUUUUGACCCAUACAAUGUAUUGUUGGCUAUUGCUACAAAUAUACCUGUGCUACUUAAGACUGGUUUUGUGGUCCCAUAUGAGGUUAGUUGUUAAUAUGAUUUAUUUUUAUUUUUUUUAUUUAAGACAGUUUUGAACCAACAUAAAACAAGAGAGCGGGCAUUUGUUUAUCUGGACCUUUUACUUAUUGUUAACUUUUGUGACUGCUGCCUUGUGUGACAGUUAGCUUCAGUCUCACCUAUCAUGCUUUUUCUACAGAAUAUAGGCCAUGUUUUAGAUCUGUACAUCCUAAAAUAGCUUAUUUCAUUAAGUCUUUUAAGAAAUUAAGACUUUUUUGACAGUCUUUUUCACCUCUGUAUUACAGUGUGGAUCUGUCAUUGCCAUUAUGUGAUGCUUUUUAUGCAUUAGUACUCAGCUUAAAAGUUUUAAAUAAAUUAAAAAAACACAAUCAGAAGAAUAA